AUGCAGCUCUUCAAGCGCAAGUCUACCAAAGGCGAUGUCGUCGCUGAGGUUAUGGGCAUCUCGCCCGGCGCCGUUGGUUCUGCCAACGACGCGACUAAGCCAAAGAAGAAGAAGGGCAAGGCCCGCCGUGUCUUCCUCGGUAUCUUGAAGAAGACCGUUCCCUGCGCGUCGGGAAGAGCCCACGCGGUUGAGAACGUCGGCGAGGACGAAAGCUUCUACGACCAAAAGCACAAGAGCGAGAUCACUACCACCGGCGAGUUCAUCUUCGAGCCCAAGGGGCUCCCCGCCCAAUCGGUUGCGGUGCCCAUCGCUGCGCCAGCCCCUGCCCACGUCGCCGGGCGCAGGAACCGUCAGGCUCAGAUCAUUCAGCCCAAGGUUCAGGCCCCAGCUGCUAUGGGCGAGGUCAAUGGAUCCGUCGACAUCGUCCAGGAGGCCAGGGAACGCCCUGAGAGGGUCGUUCCAGAGGCGAUGAACAACGCCAACGCCAACGCUGGCGGGAACAGGAACCGCACUGCUCGCGUCAUUCAGCCCAAGAUUCAGGAUGGGUCGGUCGACAAGUUCAGCAUCAUCGAGCGGGCCUAUCUUCAUCAGCUCAAAACGCAAGGAGAUCGUCCUCCUCCCAGCGACGCGCAGAACAAGGCCAAGCGCCAGGCGCGUAUCAUGUACCCUGGGGCCAUCAACCCUGACCACAAGCCUGGUGCAGUCAAGGCCGCCGACGUCGAGAAGGAGGUUAGGGCUCGUCCCAAGACCCCCUUGCCUCCUAUGCCUAUCGACCCGACUUUCGACCCAAACGCGAGGAGCGAAGUGAGGAUCGCGCACCCCUUCGUCUACCCCCCGCGCCCACCACCCAAGCCCCUCGUCGAGCACGAUGCUAGCUCUCCUCCGAACAUUCCUCUGCCACCUGUGCCCACCUACCCCUACGACAGGAAGUUUAGGCGUCAGGCGCGCAUCGCUCAACCCAAGGCCGUCGAUGCUCCCGCCGAGGUCGCCCCCGCCCCCGUCGUCAAGGUCGAGGAGCCAGUCAAGCCCGUCGUUGUUGAAAGCUCGACCACUCCCGAGGCUGUCGAUGUCGUCGAGGUCGCCGAGGUCGCACCUGCCAACACCGUUCAGAAAUCCAGACGUCAUGCACGCAUCGUCCAACCGAUUGUUUUCGCCCCCGACAAUGAGCCAGCUGCUGUGGACGACCUCGACAACGGCAAGGACGCUGCUGUGGCCACCAACGUCCUUGAGGUUGCCGAGGUCGACACUGUGAACGUUGCUCAGAGGAAGAGGCGUCACGCACGAUUUGUGCUUCCCGUCGAUUAUAUCCCAGCUUAUGAAGCUGCGACGGGUGUUGAGGUUGAAGAUGAUGUCAAGCCUGCUGUGGUCGAAGAACCUGUCGGUGUUGAGGAGCCUGCCGUCGUGGUCGUCGAGGAGCCUGUCGCCGUCGAGGAGCCUGUCGCCGUCGAGGAGCCUGUCGCCGUCGAGGAGCCUGUCGCCGUCGAGGAGCCUGUCGCCGUCGAGGAGCCUGUCGUCGAGGAACCUGUCGUCGAGGAACCUGUUGUCGUCGAGGAGUCAGCUGUCGUCGAUGUUCAGUCCAAGGUCGUCGAUCACGUCGAGGUCGAUGAAGAACCCCGCAAGCGUGCUUAUACCUCUUUCGAUGCAGUACUUGUUGGCCUUAGCCUUCUCCGCGAUGACUCGAGCGAGGACGAAAGCUACAAGGAACGCGACUUUUCUUCAGACGAAUCUUCGCAUCCUGGUGAUGUAGAAGAUGUCUCUAAGGUUGCCGCUGUUGUUGAGAAUGAGGUAGCUGUUCGUUGUUCUGUUGAGGUGCGAGUGGCUGUUACCUCCAAAGUUGUUGUAUAUGGAACAAUUCUUUUCGAUGAAAAUAACAAUAACACUGUCUCCGAGGUCGCUUCGUAUGAAGAUGACCUCAUCGUCCUUGGAUCUUUCUCCAAGGAUGCCGAUUUCAAAGUUUGCACCUUCGGGUCCAUUCCUCUUCUGGAGGAUGAUACCACUGCUGAUGUCUUGUGGCUUCUAGUCGGCAACUUCAUCAAGACACGAUAUCUUACUCGUCGUGUUGCCGUUGGGAAGACCUCGGAAGUUGUUGGUUCGUCUGUUGUUGAUUCUUCUACAGUCAGCGAGGUUGUCGAUAGAUCCUCGAAUGGCGACUUGUCUCCUCUUGUGGAUUCUAUUCCUUCGGAGUACUCUUCCUCUCCUACUACUCCGGUCGAGGUUCAACAAGCUGGGGACCUGCCAAAGGAGGAGGUGAAGGAAGAAGUCAAAGAAAUCGUUGAUGUCAUUGAAGAGGUACCUGUUCUCGGUUCCCCUAUCAAACUUGUGACUUCUUCACCCAAGCUUGCUGUGGUUCCAACCUCGCUUCCUUAUGCCAAGGGAGUUCCUACUCGUCGGGUCGAUAUUCGUGGCACUCGUCAACGGGUCCAAUGCGAGGGAACAUCGACCAGCACUGGGGAACAACCUGGCGUUCUCGUGCGAAGUAUUCUGAACUUGGAAGAGGCGUACUCUACGACCAAUAAGCCUCGCAAUGCUUCAGCUUCGCCUGUCGUCGAGACGGAUGCACCGCUUUCAAGUACCAGGAAAGUUCCACCUUCUCGAAUUCCAGUACUGGCAUCACGACGAGAAGCUCUUGCUCGCCGUCGCUUUGGUACGCUAUACGAGUCGCGAUCUACACCUGCACCUGGAUUUUCGCCCUUCAUAUAUGGGCUUCUAAGGUCUUUUAUACAUUUCGACGAUGUCCAUUUAUCGUCGUUCUUCUUGGCCGAUGACUUCUUGACAUCCUCGAAGUCGUUCGCCUGCUCAGUGACUCGCGUUCGGAAUGCACUGGCAAAAUUCUCGCUCCUUGGCACCGUUGGUCAACAACGUUUCGCAGUUUUCAGCAGAUUUCUCAGAUGA